AUGUUGAGCAAUGAGUCUAGCAGCGAAUCCACAAGCUCGUCUGAAGAGGCUAACACCUCUCCUCUUUGUGAUUCAGAAGCUGUGGUUGUUGCCCAAAAUGCUUCAGAGGACGUCGAGCUGCGCUUGGUCAACGCUCAGACUCGCGCGAACGAUUCUGAUCGCCCCUUGUCUGGUAGUGUUGCUCAAGUUGCGGGACAUAUCUCUCUGCCUGCUCAUACUGGCGUUCCUUUUUCGGUCCAUCACGGAUCAGAUGCUUCUACUUCGGCUAGACCUAAGCAGCAUGGUCCUGUGUACUCUGUUAAAUGGUACAAACCCCCUUUGGAUGGAAGAUCGCUAGCAAAAGACAUAAAUGGCACGAUUGCUGUUCGCGAGGAACUACGUGGAAUUCGUGCUCGUGUGGCAUAUGAUAUCAAGAAGCUGUCUAAGUUUGCUGGAGACGAUGGGUGGUCGGAGGAGACUCUUGAGGAUAACGAGCCCGACCCAUUUUACCAUUCUGACUCUGAGGGUGGUGAUGAUCAUACUGGUUCAGCACCUGCCAGAUCUGAGAAGGUUGAAUUAGAGGUUGAAUCGUGGGAUGUUAGUUCUUCUGAUAUCGAUUCUGUCGAUGUUGGUUCUCUCAGUGUUGGCUCUGUCGAUCUAGAUUCGGAUGGCGUUGAUGGUGAUGUUGAUAGUGAUGUUGAUAGUGAUGUUGAUAGUGAUGUUGAUAGUGAUGUUGAUGGUGAUGUUGAUGGUGAUGAUUCUGAUGCUGACGAGUAA